AUGGACGCCGCAGGAGAGGGGAAGUGUCUUAGAAGGAGGUGUUCACCAUUAGCCCCGGGGGCAGAGCCAGCCGAGCAGGCGAAGAGGAGAGGAGCUGCCAAGGUGUUCACCAUUAGCCCGGGGCAGAGCCAGCCGAGCAGGCGAAGAGGAGGAGCUGCCAGGUGUUCACCAUUAGCCCGGGGGCAGAGCCAGCCGAGCAGGCGAAGAGGAGAGGAGCUGCCAAGGUGUUCACCAUUAGCCCCGGGGGCAGAGCCAGCCGAGCAGGCGAAGAGGAGAGGAGCUGCCAAGGUGUUCACCAUUAGCCCCGGGGGCAGAGCCAGCCGAGCAGGCGAAGAGGAGAGGAGCUGCCAAGGUCCCCGGGGGCAGAGCCAGCCGAGCAGGCGAAGAGGAGAGGAGCUGCCAAGGUGUUCACCAUUAGCCCCGGGGGCAGAGCCAGCCGAGCAGGCGAAGAGGAGAGGAGCUGCCAAGGUGUUCACCAUUAGCCCCGGGGGCAGAGCCAGCCGAGCAGGCGAAGAGGAGAGGAGCUGCCAAGGUCCCCGGGGGCAGAGCCAGCCGAGCAGGCGAAGAGGAGAGGAGCUGCCAAGGUGUUCACCAUUAGCCCCGGGGGCAGAGCCAGCCGAGCAGGCGAAGAGGAGAGGAGCUGCCAAGGUGUUCACCAUUAGCCCCGGGGGCAGAGCCAGCCGAGCAGGCGAAGAGGAGAGGAGCUGCCAAGGUCCCCGGGGGCAGAGCCAGCCGAGCAGGCGAAGAGGAGAGGAGCUGCCAAGGUGUUCACCAUUAGCCCCGGGGGCAGAGCCAGCCGAGCAGGCGAAGAGGAGAGGAGCUGCCAAGGUGUUCACCAUUAGCCCCGGGGGCAGAGCCAGCCGAGCAGGCGAAGAGGAGAGGAGCUGCCAAGGUCCCCGGGGGCAGAGCCAGCCGAGCAGGCGAAGAGGAGAGGAGCUGCCAAGGUGUUCACCAUUAGCCCCGGGGGCAGAGCCAGCCGAGCAGGCGAAGAGGAGAGGAGCUGCCAAGGUGUUCACCAUUAGCCCCGGGGGCAGAGCCAGCCGAGCAGGCGAAGAGGAGAGGAGCUGCCAAGGUCCCCGGGGGCAGAGCCAGCCGAGCAGGCGAAGAGGAGAGGAGCUGCCAAGGUGUUCACCAUUAGCCCCGGGGGCAGAGCCAGCCGAGCAGGCGAAGAGGAGAGGAGCUGCCAAGGUGUUCACCAUUAGCCCCGGGGGCAGAGCCAGCCGAGCAGGCGAAGAGGAGAGGAGCUGCCAAGGUCCCCGGGGGCAGAGCCAGCCGAGCAGGCGAAGAGGAGAGGAGCUGCCAAGGUGUUCACCAUUAGCCCCGGGGGCAGAGCCAGCCGAGCAGGCGAAGAGGAGAGGAGCUGCCAAGGUGUUCACCAUUAGCCCCGGGGGCAGAGCCAGCCGAGCAGGCGAAGAGGAGAGGAGCUGCCAAGGUCCCCGGGGGCAGAGCCAGCCGAGCAGGCGAAGAGGAGAGGAGCUGCCAAGGUGUUCACCAUUAGCCCCGGGGGCAGAGCCAGCCGAGCAGGCGAAGAGGAGAGGAGCUGCCAAGGUGUUCACCAUUAGCCCCGGGGGCAGAGCCAGCCGAGCAGGCGAAGAGGAGAGGAGCUGCCAAGGUCCCCGGGGGCAGAGCCAGCCGAGCAGGCGAAGAGGAGAGGAGCUGCCAAGGUGUUCACCAUUAGCCCCGGGGGCAGAGCCAGCCGAGCAGGCGAAGAGGAGAGGAGCUGCCAAGGUGUUCACCAUUAGCCCCGGGGGCAGAGCCAGCCGAGCAGGCGAAGAGGAGAGGAGCUGCCAAGGUCCCCGGGGGCAGAGCCAGCCGAGCAGGCGAAGAGGAGAGGAGCUGCCAAGGUGUUCACCAUUAGCCCCGGGGGCAGAGCCAGCCGAGCAGGCGAAGAGGAGAGGAGCUGCCAAGGUGUUCACCAUUAGCCCCGGGGGCAGAGCCAGCCGAGCAGGCGAAGAGGAGAGGAGCUGCCAAGGUCCCCGGGGGCAGAGCCAGCCGAGCAGGCGAAGAGGAGAGGAGCUGCCAAGGUGUUCACCAUUAGCCCCGGGGGCAGAGCCAGCCGAGCAGGCGAAGAGGAGAGGAGCUGCCAAGGUGUUCACCAUUAGCCCCGGGGGCAGAGCCAGCCGAGCAGGCGAAGAGGAGAGGAGCUGCCAAGGUCUAUACUACGACUAUAAUAAUCCUCAAGAGCUAUACUACGACUAUAAUAAUCCUCAAGAGCUAUACUACGACUAUAAUAAUCCUCAAGAGCUAUACUACGACUAUAAUAAUUCUCAAGAGCUAUACUACGACUAUAAUAAUCCUCAAGAGCUAUACUACGACUAUAAUAAUCCUCAAGAGCUAUACUACGACUAUAAUAAUCCUCAAGAGCUAUACUACGACUAUAAUAAUUCUCAAGAGCUAUACUACGACUAUAAUAAUCCUCAAGAGCUAUACUACGACUAUAAUAAUCCUCAAGAGCUAUACUACGACUAUAAUAAUCCUCAAGAGCUAUACUACGACUAUAAUAAUCCUCAAGAGCUAUACUACGACUAUAAUAAUCCUCAAGAGCUAUACUACGACUAUAAUAAUCCUCAAGAGCUAUACUACGACUAUAAUAAUCCUCAAGAGCUAUACUACGACUAUAAUAAUCCUCAAGAGCUAUACUACGACUAUAAUAAUCCUCAAGAGCUAUAA